GCCAUCAAUCUCGCAGAUCUCUCUCACCCCAAAGACAACAGAAAACCUUCUUCACGCGCGCACGCACCAAAAUCACCUUCGAUCUCAUCACCGGGGAAGGGGGAUGGCCGCCGAGGAGGGAGCCGUGAUAGCGUGCCACACCAAGCAAGAGUUCGACACCCACAUGGCUAAUGGCAAGGAGACCGGCAAGCUGGUGAUCAUUGACUUCACUGCUUCCUGGUGCGGUCCUUGUCGUGUCAUAGCCCCAGUCUUUGCUGAGUACGCCAAGAAGUUCCCUGGCGCCAUUUUCCUGAAGGUGGACGUUGACGAGCUGAAGGACGUCGCUGAAGCAUACAACGUUGAGGCAAUGCCGACCUUCCUGUUUAUCAAGGAUGGUGCGAAGGUGGACACUGUUGUCGGUGGCAGGAAGGAUGAUAUCCAUACCAAGAUAGUGGCCCUCAUGGGUUCUGCAUCUGCCUAAGAAGGGAAGAGUGAUGCCCCUCUUGUGUCAAUAAGAGCCAGCACCUGGUGUAAGUAGUUAUCGCUGCAGUAUGCUUUGGCUUAGUCGUGACUGAACUUUGUGAUGAUUCGGUUUAGAGUUCAGAACUUCAGACAUUUGCACCGGUUGUUCUGAAUUACAGUACCUAAUGUUUUGCUACAGUUGCUUCGUUGUGAAGUUUGGAUAACUAUCCUGUCUGAAUGUUAAUGCAAAGCCAAUAUGCCGCUGACCUUAUUUA